UCUCACAUUACAACAUCACAUUCAUAGCUGAAAAAAGAGCUUAGGAAAGAAUGCGGGUCCAUAGUGUUUUAAAAUGGCGGAUGCAAAUGAAAAAUUGCUCGCCGAAUUAUUAAAAAAACCAGGCAACAAUGAAUGCGCUGACUGUGGAGCUAAAAAUCCAGAAUGGGCUUCAUACAAUAUCGGAAUAUUUUUGUGCACGAGGUGUGCGGGUGUACACAGAUCGAUGGGUGCUCACAUAUCAAAAGUUAAACAUUUGAAAUUGGAUAGAUGGGAAGAUUCCCAGGUUACUAGAGUUAGAGAAGUUGGUAAUAAUGCUGCUAGACUUUACUACGAGGAACGUGUACCUUCUUGUUAUAGAAAACCCAAUGAAAAUGCACCUCAGGUUUUAGUGGAACAGUGGAUAAGAGCGAAGUAUGAACGUGAAGAAUUCUGUCAUCCAGAGAGACAAAAUCAAUAUGUAUCAGGUUUUAUGGAAGGUUUUUUAAUGAAAAGAGGUAAAGAAGACUCUCGUUAUUACCCACGUAAAUUUGUCUUGUCUGAAGCUGACGACACGUUAAAGUAUCACGUCAAAGAGCACAAAGAUCCCAAAGCGGUGCUGAGAAUAUCAGAAUUAAAUGUCGCGUUUGCGCCAACCAAAACCGGCAAUCAAAACAGUCUGCAAAUAUCAUUCAUGAAAGACGGCUCGACGCGUCAUAUUUACGUCUACCACGAAGACCCGGAAGUUAUAACGAAUUGGUAUCUAGCGAUACGUUGCGCAAAGUUGCAUAGGCUCCAAGUUGCUUACCCUGGUGCCUCGGAACACGAGUUGCUGUCCCAACUGACCAAGGACUUUCCCAAAGAAGGUUUCCUCUGGAAAACUGGACCCAGACACUCAGAUGCUUAUAAAAAGAGAUGGUUUACGCUGGAUGGCCGUAAAUUGAUGUACCAUGACGACCCUAUGGAUGCUCAUCCUAAAGGGGAAAUAUUUAUUGGCUGCAGUACAGAAGGUUUCGCGGUUAAAACCGGCGUACCACCUGGUGCUAAGGAUCAAGGAUUUUCAUUUACUCUAGAAACACCUGACAGAAGUUUUUUACUGUCUGCUCAGAGUGAUGAUGAUCGUGCUCAGUGGAUUAAUGUUAUACAAAAGGUUAUAGAUAAACCUUUAACACCUCAAGAUGCAACAGUUGCUGCAAGAUUAGUAAGAAAACGUACUGCCAGUGGUACAAUGAAUAUAUUGUUUUCAUCGACAAGAUAAUAAAUAUCAAGGUAUUAUGUCUCAAGACAAUUAACGAGAGCCAAGUCCAAAGUUACGGAAAAAAGAACAAAUUUUUAAAAUAUAUAUAUAAGAAAAAAACCACAGUGAUGUUGACGCACACAACAGAUUGUAAGAAGCUCUGAUUAAAAACUCCGAUUAAAUCUGAUUGGAAUUCAAUCGGAUUUUUAUCAGAUUCUAUCAGGAACAAACAUUCAAUCAGAAUUGCUGGGAGUGUUCCAAGUAUCUGAUUAAAUUUCAAUCAGAUUUAUUCGGAAACAAUAUUUAUUAUUUUCCGAUUAAAUCCGAUCGAUUUUUUAAUCAGAUUCAAUCGGAAAAUAAUUUUUCUGCGAUUUCUGAUUAACUUUCAAUCGGAUUAAUUCGUAACUUUUCGAUCAAAACUGAUUGAAAAUCGAUUGGAUUUCUAUCAGAAACAAACAUUCAAUCAGAAUUGCUGGGAGUGUUCUAAUUAUCCGAUUAAAUUUCAAUCAGAUUUAACCAGAAAAAAGAUUUAUCAUUGAAUCGGAUUCUAUCGAAAAAUAACAAUUUUUUUUCCGAUUUCUGAUCAACUUUCAAUCGGAUAGAUUCGUAACUUUAUCUACUUGAAGAUCGAAACGUUUUUCACGCAACGAAAAUGAAAAUAUUUUAUGUAAUUUGACUUUGAAGGUGACUUGGGGUAAUUGGGGAUGCGAAACAUUUCGAAAAUCUCAAUCCAGUAGAUUUUUUACUUUUAAUUUCGAUUUAUUUAUUUUCGUUCCGUGAAAAACGUUUCGAUUUUCAGGUUCUUGUAACUUUUCGAUGAAAACUGAUUGAAAGUCAAUCAGAAAAUUCCGACUAAUUAGAAUUUUGAAAUCAGAGUUUUUAAUCAGAGCAUACCAUUACACAGUACACAAGUAUUUAGCUUAUGUAAUUUUAAAUCAUAUUAAUUAAUAUAAAUAAAAAGACUGACAGGGAAAAAUCAAUAUAUGCUUGCUCGCAUUACGUGCAACAACGUUACAAUAUUUAAUAUUACAUUAAACGUAAUGUAUCUAAUUAUCAAUAAAAUUGUCUCGUCAGGUUUUAUUUUAUUUUUGUUUGUACAAAAAAAAUAUUUGACGGUGCAAUUUAAUAACAAAUUUGUAUACUAAAUACACGUGACUUAUUUAUAGCAAUAAUGUGAUACCAGCGUUAAAAUUAAUGGGACAAAUUUUAAUAAUCAUGACAUAAAAUUAUAAUUUACGACUGGCAGUCGUAAUUAAUUAAAUUUUCAUUUAUUGUGACGUUAAAUAUUUACAAUUACUUUGCUAUCAGAUGCCUGCUGUACCUGCGAUUAGUAGCAGGAAUCAAAACUUGAAGAAAAAAAAAAGUAACUUUUGAGUGAAAGCAAUUGAUUGGAGGUUUAAAAAAUUUUAAAUUCCACGAGUUGGAAAAUAAAAUUCAAUACGAAAGUAAUCCAAAGACAUGCUCCGUAAUUAUUUUUUUAUAAUUAAAAUAAUUGUAAGUAAACAUUUCACAUAAAAAAGUUUAAGUUUGUUAAUUAAAAACUUCAAUCACUUGUCAUUCGGCGACACAUCACAUUAAUUUAAAUAAUUAAAUCUCGUGUUACUGACAGUCUACAUAUUAAACAGGAAAUUAAUAUAUAUAUAU